AUGGAGAGCAACCAGACGGUGACAUGCGCGCGCGCCGGGAGCGCCCCUGUUGAGUACCUCCAGUGGGUUAUUGCCUACACGGCGGUGCAGUUUGCCUUCUAUGGGCUCAAUGCGGUGUGCUUUUUGACGUCCGCUUACUGCUUGAUCUCACGAGGCGUGCGCGGGUCGCGACCGAGGCUGGGCUUGUUGGCGGCGACGACUGUCAUGUUCAUCGGCUCGACGGUGUUCGUUGUGCUGGAUACCAUCCAGAGCAUGUAUGGUGCGAGGGACGCGUUCGGGACGCUGCAGGAGCACGACUGCUCGCGCCUCACGCGUCUGUCGAUCGCGCAGAACGUUGUUCUGAGGAUGAUGUUUAUGCUGAGCGAUGUCAUCGUCGUCUGGCGUGCCUGGGUACUCUGGAGCGCCAACCGCAUCGUACGGAGGUGCCUAAUUGUAUGCUUGACUUUGACCUGCUCAUGCCUCCUUGCAGACGCAGCCGUCGUCGCAUGGGAGCAGGCAGUCAGCUACUAUGCCAAUUCCGCCCUCUUUUCUCUCCUGGUCACACUGCCAAUCCUCGUCACCAAUGUUACGGUGACGACAACCAUCGGGGUCAGAGCUAUAGCUCACUACAGAGCGAUGAGAAGUAACAUCGGCUCCCGGGAGUAUGGACAGAAGGUCAUGCGUGCCCUCCUCGUUCUGUUGUGGUCUGGUGCUGCGUACUGCGCGCUUUGUUUCGUCUUCUUCGCAUCUGGCGUGACGAGCAAUCACGGCAGGCGAUGGGGAGAGUUCGUCGGGGCUAUUGGCGCUAGCGUCUCCUGCACCUACCCCACCCUCAUCAUCAUCUGGGCCGCCCUGGAACGAGACAACGACACCGAAGUGCAGCUGCAAGUCAUGCAGUCCCACGGCGUGCAGUUAACCGAGAAGGUGACAAGACCAAACGACGAUGGAAGGUUAGCCCUGAAAUCUCGUCAGUGGAUAGGGGGAUCGUGGCCAAAAACCCCUCAGAUGAGGCCUCGUGAUCCUGAGAUAGCCGUACGGGUUCUUAAGGCUGCACCCACAACCCCGCCACACAAGCGCACCUUUCCUUCGCACUUUCUCCUGCCUGGCACCGAGCAGGACAGUGACCCUUAUCUGCGCCAGAGGAUAACAGUGAGGAUGCCUCCCCGCGACGACUCUGGGCCUCCAGUGAUACCUAUGGCUGGCUUCGGUCACAACGCUCAAAGCGAAUGGCCGCAGGACCCCCAUCGUCACUGGGGUAAUAUGUGGCUGAAGGCUGGUUGGCUCAACCCUCGACGGCACCAGCGACAGCCACCGGCGCGCGCCGACGCCGGCGCUCCACCCCAAGCUCAAAAGCACCAGCCCGCCGCACAAGAACAAGCUGCAGCGCCACAGUUUACUCCAUUCCCAGGCCCGAAGGAGCUGCGAGACAUGGGUAACAAGCUGCCUGGCGAAGCCGCGGAGGAGCAGGCGCCAGCCGCAGCGGACCCACCGCCACGCACGACGCCAUUCCUCAGCGAAGCAGAGCUGCGAGCUGAGGGCUACGGCUCGGUCCUGUACCGGCCGCCGCCGAACCACCGAGGAGCAGCGCCUCGUCGUCCCAUCUUGAAGAACAACAGCCAGGCGGCGGCGCCUAAGCAGCCUGAUCUCAAGCCGAACUUUCCGCCCCGCGGCCACAUCACGACGACGUACCACCACGCACCAUUGCCCGCGAAGCCAAAGUAUCGCGAUGAUCCGACGCCAUACCCUGGCACGACGCCUCUGCCAAAGACCACCCAUUUGAACGCUCCACCACGCGUCGCGCAGCAGCCCUUUGUGCCCUUCGUGCCGCCUAUGCCUGCCAAGAGCGAGAAGAACAGUGUCCAUGUACCCAAUGAUGAUCAUAGACACCGCGAACAUAGACACCGUGACCAUCGACACCGAGACCACCGACACCAUGGUCACCGACGCCAUGGCCAUCAUAGGGACGGUGGCGAUCGUCGCGAAGCAAGGGCUGGGCACCAUGGUAAGAGAGAUGAUGACGACGGUCAUCGGAAUGGAAGGGACAAGGGCAGGAGGCUCGAGAGACGCCUUCCCGGGCCUGACCAGCGCAUCUAUUUCUAUGAUAAGCAAGCACCGCACUACAGCUUCACAAACUUCUCACCUCAUUCGGUGAGAUACAAGGGCAAGAGGUACCCCACGAGCGAACAUCUGUAUCAUGCAUUCAAGUUCAUGAAGCACAAGCCGUAUCUCGCGGAGCACAUUCGCACUUGCUCGUCGGAGCCGCGCCGCGCGCUAAUUGAGGCUCGACGCUUUGAUUCAGAAAAACGUCGCGACUGGGAGGACAAGAAGAUCGAGAAGAUGGAGAAAGCGCUUUGGUACAAGUUCACGCAGCGUCUGGACUUGUGGCAAGAGUUGGUGAACACGGGCGACGCAGAGCUCGUCGAGGACUCGCCCUAUGAUUGGUUUUGGGGGAUCGGGCAAGACCGAAAGGGUAGAAAUGAGCUUGGGAAGGCGCUCAUGAGGUUGCGCAAGGUAUUGGUAGGCCACCCGGCCACCAAGGCGCUGCGUCCCUAUGGUUGA